AUGGGGAACCAAAGUAUUCAUCUCGCCAAGGUCUGCGAGGCAUGGGACCACCUACAGGAGCGCAUCAAAGCCGGCAGCUAUGUCCUAGAUGGCCAAAAUCUCCAUAUCUCGGAUGUUGUCGCUACGGCCCUACACGGAUGUAUACCCGAGAUCACAAAAGACCCGGAUGUUAUAAGCAGCAUCCAAGACAGCGUGGAUGUCUUAUACCACUACCUUUCAAAAGGGUGGCAUGUUUACGGCGUCAAUACGGGAUUCGGAGGUAGCGCGGAUAGCCGUACUGACCAAGUUGUAGCAUUGCAAUCAUCUUUGAUGCAGCUUACCCAGUCUGGUAUUAUGUCAAGAUCUACCGACGGCUCUGUCCCAGGCCACUCCAUGCCCUCGUCCUGGGUCCGCGGAGCCAUCGCCGUCAGAUGCAACAGUAACCUCAGGGGUCACUCUGCGGUGACGCUCCCGGUCCUCGAGUCCAUAGUAGCCUUGGUCAAGCACAACUUGAAUCCUAUGAUUCCAUUACGCGGUUCUGUUUCGAGCUCUGGCGAUCUAAUGCCCCUAUCCUAUAUCGCUGGCACUAUAGAGGGAAACCCAGACAUCCUUAUUGAAAGGAACGGCAAAGUUAUUCCCGCGCCGCAAGCGUUGAAGGAGGCUGGAUUACAGCCAGUGAAGCUUGGCCCGAAGGAGGGUCUUGGCUUAGUCAACGGAACAUCGUCAUCAGCAGCGCUUGCUGCCAUGGUUAUUACAGACGCACAUCGUCUGGCAUUGCUUACACAGGCGCUUACUGGCAUGGCGGUAGAGGCACUUAAUGGGAGCAGAGAGAGCUUUAACCAGUUUAUUGCUAAGACGCGGCCGCAUCCGGGCCAAAUCGAGGUUGCCCGUAACAUUUACUACUUCAUGAGCGGUUCGGCCCUUGCGCGGGAUGUUCUCCGACCAAAGGACCGCGGUUCUGAGGAUCUGGCACAGGAUCGUUAUUCCGUACGAAGUGCUCCGCAAUGGAUCGGUCCACAGGUAGAAGACUUACUUCUUGCAGAUCGGCAGAUCAGCAUUGAGCUCAACUCUACUUGUGACAACCCACUGGUCGACGUGUCGAAUGGCGAUGUUCACUACGGCGCUAACUUCCAGGCAGCGUCCGUGACGUCGGCUAUGGAGAAAGUGCGGCUGUCACUGCAAAUGUUUGGCAGGAUGCUCUUCUCGCAACUGACCGAGCUGGUAGAUCCGGCGCUUAGCGGAGGUCUCCCAGCUAACCUUGCCUCGGAUAACCCUAGCUUGUCAUUUACGAUGAAGGGUGUCGAGAUUAAUAUGGCGUCCUACAUGGCUGAGCUGUCUUACUUCGCUAGUCCAAUGAGCCCUUUCGUCCAGGCGGCCGAGAUGCAUAAUCAGUCUGUCAACUCGAUGGCACUGGCAUCGGCACGCAUGAGCGCACAAGCUACGGAAAUCUUAACACUGAUGGCCGCGGCUCAUUUGUAUGCUAGCUGCCAGGCAGUAGACCUCAGAGCGCUACACAAGCUCUUUGUGCAGAAGGCUACUGAGACACUCGCGUCUGUCACUACUGAAUUCUUUUCUGAUAGCCUAUCGACCGAUGAGCUGGAAGUUCUCCAAAAAGCACUGGCGGCUCAUGUAUACCCUUCCUGGUCGUCUUCGGGCAAAAAAGAUCUCCCCGAUCGUUGCAAAUCUCUUGUGAGCACAGCUGUGCCAAUCGUUGUCCAACACAUCAAGGGGUCCGUUACAGACGUAGUUCAAUGGAAAGAGCAGGCUGCUAAGGCCAUCUAUGCCGUAUGGGAAAAGACCUCUGACGCCUUCCGUGCUAAACCGCACACUCCUGAGGUCCUCGGGAAGGGCGCCAAGGUUUUAUACCAAUACGUCCGUCAGAAGCUCGGUGUGCCGUUCCACCAGGGCUUUGCCGAGCACCCCACUAUCCAGGCCGACGAGCUGGACGGACGACCUAAGAAGACUAUCGGGGGGUGGAUCUCUAUUGUCCAUGAUGCUAUCAAGGAUGGCUCUCUGUACGGCCCUCUGAUAGAACUGGCUGCGAAAGGCCUAGUGAACGAGACUAAUGGUCACGUAAACGGGCACACUAGCGGUACCAACGGGAAGAUCUGA